AUGAUCAUCAUCAGGCGCGUGCCCAAAGUAAAGCCUCCCGGAACAACCAUUUUUUUAAGCAAAGCUGCCCACUUCAAGUCCACUUAUUUUGCUGGCGGCUCGUCGCAUAGCCGCUGCUGCUACUCUGCACGCAGAAAUGACGACGAAGAAAGAGUAGCACCCAAACAAGAAGAAACUCAACAAAAGAAACACAACUCGGAAAAAAAAACAAACGACAAACAUAGCGACAUGUGGAGCUUUCUAGCCUUUGAAAAAAACAUCACCUUCUUUUCGGUCAAUUUUUACAUUCUCCUUGCUGCCGUCCUGGCGUUGCACUUUUACAACAAGGCGAACGAAACGAACAGGACCAGCCAAGUGGACCAAGCAAAAGAGCGUGAGCGCAAAAAUUUGCUCGAAAUGGAAAAUAAAAGAAAAAAAUUGCAAAACUGA